CAUGAUUGAAGAACACCGCUGGAAUAUACAAUUUUUCUUUUCCUUUUCUUUAAAUUUCUACAUAUACAACGUUCAGAUUAUUAGCCUCCAGCUGAAUUCUGUGAUCCAAAAACGUGCUUCUUGAAAAAGCGCAUAUCGUGUCUUACCGGUAUCGACAUUGGAAUAUUUCUCAUGGCAGCUUUUCACACCACUCCAUGGAGGUUGAUUUGUGGGAUCUUAGCGGUAAUAUGUCUUCUGUUGAUGGCUGCUUCGGGAAUAUUGUUGAAAAAUUUAUUUUCUAAACAAAGAAUUCAGCCAACAUCAUCACCAGGAACCACGGAACCCCAGGAAGGCUCUGCAUGCUGUUCUUGUCAAGAAAAGUGGAUUGGAUACCGAUGCAGCUGUUACUUCAUUUCUAAUGAAAUGAAAACUUGGGCAGAAAGCAGGGAUUUCUGUGCCUCUCAGAAUUCCAGUCUGCUUCAGCUGCAAAACAAAGAUGAACUGAGUUUCACAAACAAUAUCAAAUUUUUUUACUGGAUUGGACUGUCUUACAAUGAAGAACAUGGUGCCUGGUUGUGGGAGGAUGGCUCUGCUCUCUCCCCAGAUCUAUUUUCAUUCUCUCAAACUGUAAAUACACGAAACUGCAUAAUAUAUAGCACAAGCACAAGGACAAGUGUUCUGCGUGAAGCUUGUGAAAAAGAAAAUCGUUAUAUCUGUAAGAAGCAGCUUAUUUAGUUGUUUCUUAGAGUAGA